GUUUGCCAACCAAGAAGAAGAAUCGCGGAGCUUCCGGUUCUGGUCCACACAGUUGGAGACUAAAAUAAACGUAGAAAAAUAGCAUAUAUAUUAGAUAAAGUAUAUUUUGAUAACAGCUAUGGAUGUCGCUCUGUACCUGAUAGCUGCUGCCAUCCUCAUUGUUCUGAUUGUGUUCGCGUUGAAGCUGCGGAGGAAGACACAGGAAGGUGAUGAGGAGCAGCGGAGGGAUGUCGUCCGGGCAGCGGGACCCCCUCAGCGGGCAGCGGAGGAGCGAGGUGCCGGGAUGCCUCGCAGGAGGAGGAACCUCGCUGCGGUGAUGGCUAACAGACGGCCACAGAGAGAAGCUGUGGAGCAAGAGGAGGAGCGUGUGGAGGAAGAAGAGGCGGAGCCGCAGGACUUCCAGCCGACCGCUAAAGUUGGAGCCAAGAAGCAGAAGAAGCUGGAGGAGAAACAGGCCAAGAAAGCCCAGAGAGAGGCGGAGAUGGAGGAGAGGGAGGAGAGGAAGAAGAUGCAGGAGCUCCGAGAGCAGGAGAGACGUCAGGAUGACGACAGAGAACGACAGCAGGAGCAGAAACAGGAGGAGGAGGAACGCCGGGCUAAAGAGGAGCAAGAAAAACGGGAGGAGGAUGAGUACUUAAAACUCAAAGCCUCCUUCGUCGUAGAAGACCAGGGAGAGGAGGAGCAGCUCACUGAGGACCAGUCACGCAACCUGCUGCAAGAAUUCAUCGAGUACAUCGAGACCUCUAAGGUGGUUCUCCUGGAGGACUUGGCGUCCCACUUUGGGAUGAGGACACAGGAUGCGAUUGACAGACUGCAGGACCUGUUGGCUGAAGGCUCCCUCACAGGAGUGAUUGAUGACCGAGGGAAGUUUAUCUCCAUCACUCCAGAAGAGCUGGACUCAGUGGCUCAGUUCAUGAGACAGAGAGGCAGAGUGUCCAUCACAGAGCUGGCUCAGGCCAGUAACUCUCUGAUCAACCUGACACCCGAGAGCCGCAGCACCGCCUGAUGGACACCUGGACGACCGUCUUCACGAGACUGCUGGACAAUGAUAUAAUCUGUGUGUAGAAAAGCACACAGUGGACUGUUCAUCUGCUAUCGGCUGCUGUUUGGUGGUGAUGUUAUCACGGCUCAGUAGCCUUUAUUCACCAGUAGGUGUCUGAGUUUGAGUCACCUAUAAAUUGAAAGUUACAUACAGUUACUACUGUGUAUGACAUUAAAUGAACAAGCACAUGAAAAACAGUGUUUGAGCAUUGUUGCAUUUUAAAAUUUGGAAAAAAAAUACAGUUUGAUUUGUCACAUCUUUUAUGUGUUUGGUUUUUAUAACGAUCAAAUAAGGGCUGUGAGAGGAUAAAUGUACUAAUUAAAUCAAACACCACACCUAACAUGCAAUGGGAAAUGUCUAUCUGAGUUGAUCCAAGUUAGCAGGGCCGGCUCGGGUUCAACCCCCCAGAACCCUGACCCUAGCCCCCGUAAACAGCAACACACAUCAGACAUCACAAUGGUUUUAAGUCAAAAAUUAAGAUUUUUAUUUUCAUAAAUAACUGCAUUUAUUAUGAUAUAAAUAAACAAUUGGUCCCUGAUA